CGCGCGCUCACAGCCCUCCCCGGUGACGUGCCUGGCCGAGGCCGCGCUAGGGCGCUGUAGCUGCCAGUGCCGCUGUCAUGGCGUCGGAGGCGCUGGCUGAGGAGCACCGGCCGCGGUCUCUAUAGAGUGAGGGGCGGGAGGCCCGGCAUGGAGAGCGGCCCCGAAAGCCUGCAGCCGCUAGAAAACAGGGUGGCGGCCGGGCCAGCUCCAGGGACAGGUUCUCUGCGGGAAGGGCAACCGGAGACAAGGCUCGCAGCUGGGGAUGGUCCUGGGGUAUGGGCGGCGGAGAGCAGCGGCGGCGGGAAUGGGCAGGGGGCGGCGGCUGCCGAGGGGAGCCUCCCGGACUCGGCUUCUCCCGCCGGCUCUCUUCAGGUUCCCGGACCCUGCAGCUUCUUCCCGGACUUGGGCGUGCAGGAAAGCGCUUUGGAGAGUCUUGCUGCCGCCAAGCCACCUCUGAGAGGGCAGCACAAGGUGACCGCCUCUCCAGAGACAGCCGAGGCCGGAGUCAGUCAUGGGUUGGGUCCGGCUGGAGACGCGGGAGCCCGCCCGGAUCCUGCCGGCACCUGCCGGACAGAGCUGGCGACCUCUGGCUCCGAAGAUCCCAGCAGCGCGGGCGGCCUCAGCAGCAGUUGCAGCGACCCGAGCCCUCCUGGGGAAUCGCCGAGCCUGGACUCCCUGGAGUCGUUUUCUAACCUGCAUUCUUUCCCGAGUAGCUCCGAGUUCAAUAGUGAGGAGGGAGCGGAGAACAGGGUCCCAGAGGAAGAGGAGGGCGCGGCGGCGGUGCCCGGGGCUGUCCCUCUGUGCCAGGAGGAGGAGGCGGAUACCGCUCAGGUGCUGGCGGCCUCUAAGGAACGCUUCCCAGGACAAUCUGUGUAUCACAUCAAGUGGAUCCAGUGGAAGGAAGAGAACACACCUAUCAUCACCCAGAAUGAGAAUGGACCCUGCCCUUUGCUGGCCAUCCUCAAUGUUUUGUUCCUGGCCUGGAAGGUGAAACUUCCACCGAUGAUGGAAAUCAUAACUGCUGAGCAGCUGAUGGAAUAUUUAGGAGAUUACAUGCUUGAGGCAAAGCCAAAAGAAAUUUCAGAAAUUCAACGUUUAAAUUAUGAACAGAAUAUGAGUGAUGCUAUGGCAAUUUUGCACAAACUACAGACAGGCCUGGAUGUAAAUGUAAAAUUCACUGGUGUCCGAGUUUUUGAAUAUACACCAGAGUGCAUAGUAUUUGAUCUGCUUGAUAUUCCUUUGUACCAUGGGUGGUUAGUAGAUCCUCAGACUGAUGACAUUGUCAAAGCUGUUGGUAACUGCAGCUACAACCAACUCGUGGAGAAGAUCAUCUCUUGUAAGCAGUCAGACAGUAGUGAGCUGGUUAGCGAAGGCUUUGUAGCUGAGCAAUUUCUAAAUAACACAGCCACUCAACUGACAUACCAUGGAUUAUGUGAACUAACUUCAACGGUUCAGGAAGGAGAACUUUGUGUGUUCUUUCGGAAUAAUCAUUUUAGCACCAUGACCAAAUACAAGGGUCAGCUGUAUUUGCUGGUAACAGAUCAGGGGUUUCUUACCGAAGAAAAAGUUGUUUGGGAAAGCCUACACAAUGUAGAUGGCGAUGGAAAUUUCUGCGACUCAGAAUUUCAUCUGCGGCCUCCUUCAGAUCCUGAAACUGUAUACAAAGGACAACAAGAUCAGAUAGAUCAGGACUAUCUUAUGGCAUUAUCUCUACAACAAGAACAGCAAAGCCAAGAGAUCAAUUGGGAACAGAUUCCAGAAGGAAUCAGUGAUUUGGAGCUAGCAAAGAAACUCCAAGAGGAAGAAGACAGACGGGCUUCUCAGUACUAUCAGGAGCAGGAACAGGCAGCGGCUGUGGCUGCUUCUGCUUCUCCACAGCCCCAGCAGAGCCAGCCAGCACAACCGUCUCCGUCAAGUGGAAGACAAUCUGGGAAUAGUGAACGUAAACGGAAGGAACCUCGAGAAAAAGAUAAAGAAAAAGAAAAGGAAAAAAACAGCUGUGUCAUUUUGUAACAAGUGUUGGAUUUUGUUGGAAUCAGCUAAAUGUCUUGAGAAACAAACCAUAGGAGGAAAGGAAGAAAAACCGAUAAAUAUACCGUCUGUGCCUGAUUUCCCAAUGGAUUUUGUUCAUGUUUUUCAGGGGAAAGGUGGUUACUUAGUUACAAUCAGACUUUUUCAAAUCACACAAUAUACUCUCAUGAGCUGGAGUUUCAUGUUACAAGUUGGAAGUGCUGUGUGUUGUCAUUCAUGAAAAAAUACUGCACUUGUAGCCAAAUAAGCAAAUCACAGCAAAUUUUGUGUCAUAGUGACAUUCAUAACUCAUAUCAGUUAGUAAGCUAUUUUAUCUUCUGUUCUAACAACGAAUGGAGGUAAUUGAUUUAAUCUGAUUCCUUCCUGAAAUCUAAAUAUUAGCACAAUAGUUUCUGAAAUUUUUACAUUGUUAAAUUAUGAUCUAAUCCAUGAGAAACCAGGGAUUUAAUAUAGGAAUUUAAAAAGCAAAAAAUAAAACAAAAACAAAAAAAAAGAAUAGCAGGAAUAAAUAACCCUUAAUUGUAUAUUGGAUUAGUUCAGCCCUUGAACAGCUUUACCUUUCUUUAGGAAUGUACAUUUUAGAUAUUAUGUUAAGAACUGAUAAUGGAGCUUGGAUUUAAUUUAAAUAGAAAAAAUAAAGAUUUGUAUUUCUUUUCCAGUAGCAAAAAAUUACAUAACACUAUUACUUAUAACCUGUCAAAAUCAGAUAUUAAUGACUUUGUAGUGUUGUAAAAUUUUGAGGAAUUUUGCAAUCUUUAAUAUAGGUAACCUGGACCACAGUUACUAUUUAUUGACACAAUGUGGGAAGUGACUGUAAUGAGGAAACCACAGUGGAUGCUAGGCCUUGUAAAUAUGGGGAUGUGGAAAAGCAGAUAGUUCGAUGUCUACCUUUUUCUAGAAUUACCUUGAACCUUAAAUUUUAAAUCAUGUCUAUUGCUAGAAAAUUAAAUAUAGUUGUUAAAACCAACAACAAAAAAAAGCACAUUUCUGAAAAGAAGUUGGAGAUAAUCUGAGUCUAGUGAAAAGACAAUAAAACCUGUUUGAUAGUAGCUAAGAAUUUGAAGGAAUUCAUGUAAAAGCAAUCAGAUUUUUUAAUUUACAGGAGCCAAAUAAAUCUAUAACAUCUUAGUAUUUAUAGGAUUCAGAAAGAAUAUUUAUUUAACUUUAUUAUGAGGCAACACAUAUUUUCCUGUAUUUUUAGAUAUAGUUUAGAAAACUAUCCUUAAUAGUCCUUUUUGUAUGCUUUAUAUUUAAAAAUUUAUUUUAGUCCUUUUGAAAGACUCGCUGCUCCAAGUAGUUGUAUGAUUUACAUUCUAAGCUUCCUCCAGUGUGUUCAUUUAAGGGCACCGUCAUAACCUGACCUGAGCAUCCACUUAGAGAAUGUUUUUUUGUGGUCUGGAGUGACAAAAGAGUACAUGAGAGUGUGGUCUAGAUUUUCUAAGCUAUGUCAUUAACUUUCCAUGACCAAGACCAGUUAUUGGAUGAGUCUGUAUGUAAAAAGUAAAAUCUUAUUUAUGGAAGAUAUUAUUUUAAGGGAAAAAUCCAGGGUCAAGCUAUAUCUUUUAUGUCCUUCUAUAUUGCAUGUCUAUUUAUGUUAUAAAAUUUGUUAUUGCUUCAAAUUUCCUAUCCUAGCAUGAUAAAUCACCAGAGAACCUGUUUGGGGUAUAAAACUUUCAUAGAAAAUAUUUGGUGAGUAUCCUGAUUAUAAUCCAGAAUAUGUGUACAUUGGUAAAAUAAUCAAAAAUACUGCAAAACUCUGUUUUCUUAAACAGGUCGACUUUAAUCCUAAUUUACUCUUGAUAUCACUCUAUUGAGUGAGGGAGGAAACUCAAACCUCAGCUUUGUUUUUCCCAGGACAGAUGGUAGUAAUAAUGCAUUAUAUUUUAAUAAGAAAAACAAAACAGUUAUCCUUGAGAAUUUUUCAAAAGCAUAUUUGAGGCACAUUUUUUUCAUAAUUAUAUGCUUGUCUAUUUAUUGCCCUUGAAAAAUAUAUGUGUAGAAGUUAUUCUUCGGUUAUUUGCUACUAUCUUCUUAAGUUGUUCCAAAGAUAAUACUGCCAUUCUGCAUUCCCUCUGGAAGAAAAAAAAACUCAAAACCAGCAGUGCUGCUAUCAGAUAAGUAGAUGUCAAUGUAUACUUAUCAGUAAAAACUAAAAAAUGCAAUGUGUUUGUUAAUCCAACCUUUUUCUAUGUAAUAUUUCCAAGUCAGACUUUCUUACAUUCCUGGAAUUCAGUUUGAUACACCAAGAGUAAUAAUGAUAAAAUGUUCACUUUGACUACUGUGGGGAGAAAAAUUAAGUGUUCAAUUCUAUUAAAACUAACUUCUCAGAGAUACUGGUUUCUUGUCCUUGAAGGUUAUGAAGAAUUUAGAGCUAUUGUGUCUUUAUUUUUUUAUGUUUUGCUCAAGGUGAAUUAUAUAUUCAUGCAUUUCAUUGCUGGUUUGGGUACAUAGGAAUUCGUUGGUGGUAUAUUAAAGUUUUUCCUUCACAGUAUUUUAUAAUACUUGAAAAUUAUUACAUGUACACUGCUAACAGAAGUUAGAAUUUAAACAUUUUUGUUAAUAGUUAUAGGCUAUAUUAGGGGCACAUUUGCAUCCACCAAAUCACUAUCAGCACUUAACAAAAGAGUCAGAUGAAUGGAUGGAUAUGGUCACUGCACCUUCCCUUUAUUUCAUACAUUUUUUUUUUUUUUUGAGACAGAGUCUCCCUAUGUCGCCCUCGGUAGAGUGCUGUGGUGUCACAGCUCACAGCAACCUCAAACUCUUGGGCUUAAGCAAUUCUCUUGUCUCAGCCUCCCGAGUAGCUGGGACUACAGGCACCCAGCUAUUUUUUGGUUGCAGCAGUUGUCAUUGUUGUUUAGCAGGCCCCGGGCUGGGCUGGAACCCACCAGCUUUGGUGUAUGUGGCCGGUGCCAUAACCACUGAGCUAUGAGCGCUGAGCCCUGCACCUUCCUUUACUUCUAAAGCCUAUUCCUUAGUGGCUAGUCUUUAUUAACAACAUGAAAGUUUUCUUCAUUUCUAAUCCCAUUGUAUCAACAAAGCAUGAUUUACAAGAGAUUAUCAACACUUGUUUUUAUGACUUUUAUUAGAUUCUCAAAGGAAUCAGGAACUUUCUCUCAAAUUGUAGGAAUUGCCAUUUUAAGAAUACACACACACAUACAGUAAGAACCUCCACGGUUGACCACUUCCCAACAUCAACCACCUCGAGUUGACCUAAUUUUCCUAGACCAGGCGUGUUCCACAUACACGUAUCACUACUGUAGGCCUAGUUCCUUAUGUUGACCACCUCUGUGUGUUGACCAGUUUGUUACCGUCCCUUGGGUGGUCAACUUUAUAUCCACGCUAAGCAGUGUGGGGCGGCUAAAAUUGGCAUUGAUAUACACUAAUCCUGUGUGCUUGGAUGAAGCAACUUCUUCCAUGUUUCAAGGUCAGGUUAGUUGAAUGAGACAUUAAUUUAGGAUUAGCUUUGCAAUAUAUCUUGUUUUUAUUGUCUCACAUGUCUAGUAUUUCACUGCUUAUCCCAUAUUAUGUUUCAGAUUCUUCGUCAUACUUGAUCUUGGCUUAACUAAGGAAGCUAAUAUCAGAGAUUACUUGACUAAACCCAGAUUAACAAUUUUGUCCUUUUACAACACCUUAGCAUUUUGUUUUCAAUGAAUCAUAAACUCAAUUCACUAGGGAAAGAUCAUGAGAGGUAAGAGAAAAAUUGCGGCCAGUAAAUUAAUGUUGGCAUAUGAAACAGAUAUUUGUAAAAAUCGUGCUGGAGAAAAAUCCAGGCAAGAAUUCCCAGAACAGGCGGCGCCUGUGGCUCAGUGAGUAGGGCGCGGGCCCCAUAUGCCAAGGGUGGCGGGUUCGGACCCAGCCCCGGCCAGGCCCCAUAUGCCGAGGGUGGCGGGUUCGGACCCAGCCCCGGCCAAACUGCAACAGAAAAAUAGCCGGGCGUUGUGGCGCGCGCCUGUAGUCCCAGCUGCUCCGGAGGCUGAGGCAAGAGAAUCGCGUAAGGCCAGGAGUUAGAGGUUGCUGUGAGCCGUGUGACGCCACGGCACUCUACCCGAGGGUGGUACAGUGAGACUCUGUCUCUACAAAAAAAAAAAAAAAGAAUUCCCAGAACAGUCUUCAAACAAUCUCAUUUAUUUAAAUUCUUUUUUCAAAAGCAAAAAGCAAAUUGAUUACGUUUUGAUUAGCUUUCCUAUUCCAGUACCACUUACUUUAAAACAUGAAAGAGCUCAUAGACGUUACCUACCACAUCGUACUUAGGCAUACAACUUACAAUUAUAAUCUUAUUAACAUUGAUAAAAUGAGACAGAGGCAUUAAAGAUAGUCUAUAAUUUGUACCAAAUUAAGGAACUGGACAUAUGGAAUUCAAGACCAUUUGUGUCCCAAAACAUGACUAUCUUGCAUUGGGCAAACUUUCUAUGCCUCAAUUUACUCUUUAAAUAUGGAAGGAUGCUCUUUUUUUAAGUGUUUAUUACUUAAAUUAUCACAAAUAUUACCACAUCCUUUGUUCUUGAAUAUCCAGACUUUUUUCCCUAAUGACAUAAUUUGUCUUAAGUCAGUUUUUUUAAUGUGUCAAAAUGUGUAGAAUUGUCUUGUCUUUGAGUGUGGCAUCAUCUCUUCCCAAAAUAUACUUUAUAGUUGCUCUUGUGUUUCGUAGACUAUAGAGUCAAAAUCAAGAGUAUUUUGGGAGUUCAAAAGCAUUUUGAAAUCUAUUUUUUCCAAUAUCUUUCACAGCUCUAAAUAAUUAGAUUCUUUUUCCUCCAUGGAACAGAGUACAGUGGUAUCGGGUUACUAAUACUACACGUAGUCUACACUUUUCAGCACUGGUGGAAUUCACUUAGAUCUCUCAAGUACUAUCCUUUUAGAGCUGUUUAAAAUAUUUGUGUUUUUCAAUGUAAAAUAUCUGAUAAUGUACAGUUAAAUUUCUUUUAGAAAGUGACCAAAAAUAGUAAAGGAACAUAUUGGAAUCUUAAGUUCUUAGGUUCUCUGAUACUGUAGUGUCUUGUUAGCAAUGUCCAGUACUUCUAAAACCGUUGGAAAAAUUGAUGUUACUCUUCUCAGGUAACACUUUGAAAUACACUAAAUUUUAAAGUCAAAGGCUUCCUGAACAAAAUGAAUUGCAAAAUAGAGAUAUUGGAUAUGAGUGACAAAUUGUAGCGCUCUAAGGAGCUUAAUUUACUUUGAAGAUCUAAAUUUUAUUUCAUGCAUGUCUCUCUUAGUGUUUCUGCUGUUAGAAAUUAGAGUUUAAUAAAUUGUGAUAUGCAUAUAUAUUUUUUACAUGAAGGAUUCUAGUUUCUAAUUUCACUUUUCUGAUCUCAAGAAAAUUAAACUUGAAAAACAGGGUAAAAUUCUUCAACUAUUGCCUCAAGCUCAGCUUUGUCCUGUCAUCCUGAGAAAGGAGGAGAUUUAAACUUGUCUACCUAAUACAGAUAUUUUUAAGGGCAUGGUACUAUCCCAGAGGUGGUGUUGAGAUACCAUGUUAGAAAUACAAAAUCUAAGCUCCGAACCACAUUUAGAUUUAAAAAACAAAAAGAUGAUUUAUUAUAUAAGUCUGUCUAUCUAAUAUUGUAAGGACUUCUUCAAACCAGUAAAUAACUUGUCACCAUUAACUUUAAUAACCACUUUAAUUCACACUGUAAUAUUCUGCUUUGAGAGGCGGGGAUGCCUCAUGAAUUAGAGGAUGCACCAAGCAAAGUCCUCUGGAAGGGGAUGGUGGUCCCUUUGGCUCUCGGAGUUGUUUUGUGUCUUUAAGUAGACAGUCGAGAAACUGAAAUGCCCAUUUAAAUUCUCGAAUCAGUGACCUAUCCAAAUGGACAUUGUAGCUGAAAUAACCUACAAAACAGUUCUAAGUAAUAUAAGGUGUUUUAAGACUAAGAUUAGUAUUUAAUCUUUGAAGAUCUGUCUUGUAUGUCUCACAACGUUGUUAAGAGUUUUUAUUCUUUUUCACAUACGAGGUGUAUAAAAUAACUUUUUUUUUUCAGAGUACAUAGGGUAUCUUAGCUUUACAGAUACUUAAGGUAAGGCUUUGAAAAGCCUCUCACAGUUUUUGUUAAAAGAUCAUAUCUUAAUAACAUGACAACUUCUUAAAGAUCCACACAUCACCAGUAGGACGGUAUAAUAAAAGACGGGUGUAUAAUUGCUACACAAUUGUCAGCAAAAGGGAUAAUUUUUGCUUGUGAAACUUCAGAGGUAUCUGAAAGUCAUUUCCUAAAGCUCGUGCAUGUGGAUAUUUUUCCUUGAAUUAUGCAAAAUAAUUGGAUUGAGGCACAUAUUUGUGGGAGUAGCAAGUGGAAUGGUAUCAUGACUGCUGGGAAAAAUAAUCUUGAAGCAAGAAAGAGAAACAAGUUUUUUUUUUCCGCCACUUUACUGUUGGACUAAUUGGUUAAGAAUUUGCUAUGACAUAUCAUAGAUCUCUUUGUGCUGGGCCAAGAUUGGCCAGUUGAGUUCUCAAAGAGUUUAAAUAUAUAGAUUGUAUAUGAGUGCCUAUGUUUUUCUCCUUUCGUUUUAUAUCUUAUUUACCCUUUUUACUUAAGAAGUUAUCUGUUUUGGUUUGUGAUCAGUUUUAAUUUCAAUUAAAGAAUAAUAGCAACCCUAGAGAUUAAUAGGAAAGAGCAUUGAAAUACUUUUUUUAAUAAAGACACCUAAAACCAUCUACCCAGCUUAGGCUUGAACUGAAUUUCUGUGAAAUAAAUUUAUCAUUUUAAAUGCUAAUUAAGCUAAAACUAUUUAAUUCUUUUAAAAAAAAAAAACAAAAAACAAAUAAUUCUGAAGUUUCGUAAGUUUUGCUUUGGGAGGAUAUUCCUGAAAAAGCUUUUUGAACAUAGAUGGGAAAGUAUAAACUAUUUCUGAGGAAAUUGUUCAGUAUUAUUCAGCAUUUAAUUUCCUGUUUGUUAUUGUACCACAGGAUAGUAUCAUUGUUGGAUUAAAAUGUUGGAUGUUUUGUUAGUAUACUUAAAACUGUAACCAGUGAAUAAUACCCGUAGUAUUUUUUAUUAUAGAUUAUAUUUUAUUUCAAUAAACUUUGAUAUUUAGACCAAA